UUGGAGUUGAGAGGUAGCCGACUGUUACUACUGUCUGAGGACUGUGUUGCACAGUGUGCAAUGGUGUGCGGGUCCACUUGGUCUCGAAUGCAACACCAAGUGCAACGUCAACGUCGAACCCGAACGGACCGAAGUAACAAGUAAUAGUUAGUUGUUGGUGAAAGAUAUUGCUCGUCAACACUGCGAUAAUCCGCUCGGAGUAACUACGGACUAGUGAAGUCCUCGCCGAGAAUGGUGAUCUGGUGAUAGCGAUACUUGGCAUACGUUCGUUCGAACUUCCUUCUCAAGUACUACUACUAGUACUAGUACUAGCAUGUCCUGUACAUGUAGUGUUCAGGUGUUGGUCUUGUCAACCCGGAAAGUUCUUGCAACGAUCUGUCGAGGCAAACCGAUACCAAGGAAGAUGGCGGCGGUGACUCGAUGGAUCAUGGGGGUGGCAGUAUGUGCCGUACUGCUUUGCGGAGAAGCGACAGCGCAAACACACAUAAGUCGGUGCCCGAGCCUUACACCAAUGUCACCAACGACAACGCCCGUCACCGGUCCACCCAAGAUUUCAUAUGUGCGCCCGGUGCCCCUGUUGCUAAGUGAUACUUAUUUUAGCGCGCGGUCCUGCUAUGGGACCGGGUCAUUGCCAAUGAAUGUGACCUGGUACAAGGACGGCAAACUUGUCUGGUCGUGCAAAGGGCUUGGAGCGUUGCUCUAUUUCGGGCGGAAGUUUGAUUUCGAGGACGCGGGCACAUACACUUGCACCAUGACCAACGCCCUGGGCACAGACUCUCGCACGGUUAACGUCAGCUUUGUUGGUCCGCCAACUCUCAGCACCACUCCAGGAAGGCUAGUUGAAAACUCCGUGACCUCGAGAUCAGCCCGGCUUCAACUGCAGGUGCCGUCAUUCGACGGUGACCUUGCUAUUGACGAGUACAUUGUGACAUGUGUACCCAAUGUCACCAGCCACGGACUUCCCAGUGUGCUCUCUGUCUUCUCUCAACCGUUUGGCCAAGUGACAGGCCUUCAUCCAGCAACUGCAUAUUCAUGUUUCUAUCGAGUCGGCAACGCUAUGAAAUUGAGCGAGGAUAAACUUGCCGUCACACUUGUGACCAAGAGCGAAGUUCCAGAGCCGGUGGACUUCGGCAUCAUCAGCGUGGCUGCACGCACAGUCAACGUGUCUUUUCGACACCUGCAGUUCAAUUCUGACCAACUCAGCGCCUAUGUCAUCAGGGUCUCUGCACCUGCUUGCACCAGAUGCCAGUGCUUUGUGCAGAAUUGCACGUUGAAUGGAUUAGUUAGGUUACCUGUAGGCAACGACUCUGCUUUAGUAGAGGUAGCCUUUGACAAUCUUCGGCCAGCCACCUACUACGAGUUCACAGCGGUGGCCGAGAAUGUCGUCGGUUUCAGCGAGGUUGAGGUCGUGCGCUUUGUUACUACGGCUGAAGACCUUCCAGGUCCACCAUCCGCAGUGCAGGCAGAGACCGUGUCCAAUUCCUCAGUCCGGGUGUCGUGGAAAAGGCCGCUUGAUCCAAACGGGGAGAUAUUAUCUUACUCUCUCCGGGGUGGCCUUUUCAGCAAGGCAUUUACCUGGAAUCCGUCGCACGUCAACGUGCUGGUGCACCAACAUACCUUCACUGGUCUGACGGAUGGUGAUGUGUUUGUAGUGGACAUCGCCGCUAUGAAUGCCAUCGGCUCAGGAAAGCGCAUCCGCAGAGUUGUCGUGGUAAAUGCAUCAGCUGUGGUACCCACCUGCAAACUGCCAGGCAAUGCCAGAAUGCAGGUUCAAGCGAAUGAGUCCGACCCACGCAUCACUGACACGAAUUCAGUCGUCCCGGCGAACUCACCACUAUUGUUUGCCUGCCUCCCGGGCUACCAGGUUGGUGGAGAUGGGAUGCGUGUAGGAGGUGUGCUUAUGUGUGGAGACAGUGGUAGUUGGAGCCAUACAUUUCCACUAUGUUCAAGACCUGCUCCUAUCAAUGCCGCCUCCGGACUCUCCACGUGUGACCUUGAGGCAUCCUACUCGUCCAUUGUAACGGCGAUAACAGUGUAUGCUGUGCUGUUCAUCCUGGGUUGCAUGGGAACGCUAGGAUACCGCAACAGAGGUCUAGUGUGGCGGGCGGUGCAUAGAGCUGGGCGCAGAAUACGCACGCUGAACAAUAGGCUUCAUCCUUGCAGCUGGGCAGCGAAGCUUCGAACACCCGGUGGCGAUGGUAACACCAAUGGAACUAGGCGCACCCCGUACAUGCUCAGCAGGGCGUAUCGCAUCAGCCGAACAUCACUCUCCUCUCUCGUCAGCCGCCAUUAGACAAUUCCGUGCGCGUACCACCAACUACUGCCAUGCAAGCGUCCAGAAUAGGAGACAGCCAGCUAGCCAGGACACGAACAUAUACAAAUGGCCAAGACCAGUAGCAUCCGGUUGUCUGCGUGUCUUCAGUUUAGUGGUUGAAGAGUGCUCAUAUCUAGAUAAAUGCCGUGCCUCUAUGGGUGCUAGAUUGUAUGUCAUCUUGAAUCUGCUGUUAUUUCUGCAAAAAGUAUCUGGUUUGCAUGAGCCUCAGCCAGACUGAUUUGUUUGUUUUUUCUUUUAAAAGAACGCCAUUAUCCGGCCCCCGAGGUGAAGGUGAAGCCAGCGCAGCUCCUCAAGCCGCUGCAUGCAUGGGUAUGAGAUCACGGUUCAGCUCCACUACUACUCUGUGCUGGGUCUUUCUCGUUCACAUGCAUGUAGGGCAAGUAACUAUGUUGCUGUGAAAAUCACUGCAAUGCCAUUUGUACAUACAUGUACAUCAUACAAGUACUCAAAUCAAGUUCAACCCUAGUUUCAUUUGCAUCCGCUGGGCAAAUUGUACAAUACAAAAAAGAUCAGUUCAAUUCGACAUCGUCUGAGAGUGCAAUGUAGCGAUUCUGCUAUGCC